AUGGCGGAGCAUCUAUUUUUCCCUGAAAAACCUGAAAAGCCUCUUCGGAUAGAAUAUACAGGUCCGCUGUACGAUGGAGGCGAGUGGGAUGAAUACCCGACUCGCCAUGGAUGGAAAAAAGGGAACGGUGACAUAGAAUGGCUUGGUUUCUUGCUGGCUCACGCCAAGGAGGUUGAGUGCUGGCUCUAUUUUGGAAUGUUAUUUUACGUGUUUGGAGAGACGCUGAACCAGGCUGAUUUUCUUCGGAAAGAAGAAAGUGAAGAGCUCCUAACUACGACUCAUCUAUGUGACUAUGUGGAUAAUGUCCAGGAAUGGAAGAAGAAGAAAUACGGUGAACGAGCCGUGACCAUCGUGGACAAGGUCUGCAAAGAGCUGGAGACCUUCAAGGACUCUCUUCGGGAUGAAAUGAAACUAGCAAUACGCUUGAUUUGCCAGGCCCUCUGGAAUACUUCUGUUAAACGAGACGGACCCCGGCCUCAGCCCGAGCACGUUUCGAGGUGGCUACUGAGUGACACCUAUGAGACUGUUCGAAUGAUCAAGAGCGAAUGGUGUCCGUGGGAAGUAAUGAAAUCACGUUUCACGGGCUGUCAUGUUGAUACUAUGGCGUAUCUGCUUCAGCUUAAUCGCAGAAAACCGGCGUGGGAUAAUAGGACGCAUGUUGCAUGUGGGCUGACAAAAUGCGGUCAUAUACCGGCGGACGUUGAACAUUUGCAUGCCAUUCUGAAGGAUGGAGGCAUCCCUCUCGCCAAAAUCACACCACUGGCUGACGAGGACGGAGACGCAGGAUUCAAGAUUGAGAUUGUUCGCAAACGAACAGGGAGGCCAUACGUGGCCAUCUCGCAUGUGUGGUCCGAUGGAAUGGGAAACUGCAAUGGCAACUCGCUCCCCAAUUGUCAAGUGCGACUUCUCUACGAGCAGGCGACGCGUCUCGUGACAGACAAGGAAUACAUCCCACGACAAGUUGGCGAUCCCUUGGAGCACAUUGAAACCGGCGUGUCUCGACUGGCUCAUUUUGCCUUCGGUCAGGCUCGUGGCAAAGACAAGUCGGUACUGGUGUGGAUUGAUACGUUGUGUAUCCCGGAACAACGGGACGUGCGAAGUUUGGCAAUCCAGCGGAUUCGCCAGGUCUAUCUCGACGCAUAUCGAGUGCUAAUCCUGGACUCCGAAAUGCGGGAAGUCGAAUCAAACUCGAUCUCUCGGACGCAGCUUCUGAUCCGAGUCGUAUUUUGCUCGGGCUGGAUGCGCCGUCUAUGGACCCUUCAAGAAGGCCUCGCGGCCAAAUACCGUCUUUAUGUGCUGUUUUCCGACAAGCCUGUCAACAUAGCCACCAUCGCCGACGAGAUUCUCACCAAAAUUGACAAGAACAAAUUACCGAUCUUGCAAGAAAGAGUCGCGUAUCACGCCAUGUCCGUCUGGUUCAUGUUUUUCAAGGAAUCGAUCGAUUACGCAUCCAAGUUUAUACGGACAUUGGAUUUUUUUGGAAGCCCGUUUGUGGAACGGGCGUUCGACAAAGGCCACAUAUUGUCCGCAAAUUGGUAUAACGUAGGCACACGCACUGCGACCAAACCCGAAGAUCGUCCGAUCAUCUUGGCCGGUGUGUUGAAUUUCGACGUCAAACCUAUCUUAGACGCCAAGGGCGGUCCGGAAGAGCGAAUGCGCGUCUUUUACGGCAUGUUGGACGAGUUUCCGUACGGCAUCUUGUUUGAGGAAGAGCCACGCUUUGAAGAUGAAGGGAUGCGGUGGGCAGUGAAACAGUGUCAGUUUUCCGGUAUGCCCCAUGUUUUGGGGGGCAAAACAGGCAAGAUCACUCCUAGAGGCUUGCAGGUAUCAUCUCUAUCUUCGUGGUUAUUUCCAUCUAUGGUGGCGUUGGAUAUAAGCAGUGCGGAUUUUCAGUCUACUUCUGGUGACUGGCUUGUGCAGCAUAACCUCAAAGAUGCAACCACCGUCGAUGCUUGCACAUUGCAUUUCACGAACUCGGUGAAGUUGAUGCCGGACAAGGUUUAUGGGGUUAUCUUGCAGCGAGAGGAAUCGUAUGCUGGGAAGUCUUGUACCUUUGCCUUGGUGGAAUAUCAAUCCACAGAAGCAGACAAUGUUCACUAUGCCCGGUACGUGGGCGUGGGCACUGCACGGCGUGUUUUGAUCUGGGGUUUUUUGCCUCGCGAUGGAUAUCUGCUACCAUUUGGCUUUAAGAGCCUUGAAAAACGGGUAUGGGUAGUUGGGUAG